CCUUUUAUGUUUAUUAUGCUUAAAUUGCUGCUUGAUCUGCGCUGGUCUUCUUCUAGUGUAUGUGCGCAUUUAAGUACACAAUUUUGUUUACUUCUCUUUUCUCAACAUCUUCUCGGGAUUGCUGGCAAUUCGCGGAUGAAAAUUCCUCAAAGCGAUCAACAUUUUUGUCGCUCAUCAGUCAUUACAAUGCUCAUCACGAAGCCAACUUCCAGAUUCGUCUACUUCACCAUCGGUCUCCUGCUAUUCCUGUGUUUCAUCGUCCCCAUCACGGCCUCUGAAUCCGUUACAAAUGCUAAUGAUGACAAUGAUUUGGAAGGUUUUGAAGAGCUAUUAGCGUUGGAUGAAGAAGAACAAGAGCACAAAGAUGCUCAAGUAAGAUCUUCUGAGGCUGAGAUUCUGACCAAGGCGCAGAGAAUCGUUUUGGAACUCAACAAUGACAACUUUAAGCGGGUUAUCGAUGGUAAUGAGUUUGUUCUGCUUUUGGGUUAUACUCCUUGGUGUGCAAGAAGUGCAGAGCUGAUGCCUCAAUUUGCUGAGGCCGCAACGGUUCUUAAGGAUGUGGGUAGUUCCCUUUUGAUGGCUAAGCUGGAUGCGGAACGCUACCCUAAAGCGGCUUCCAAGCUUGGCAUCAAAGGCUACCCUACACUGCUUCUCUUUGUCAAUGGGAGCUCUCAAGCGUAUACCGGUGGAUUUACUGCGGAGGAAAUAGCGAUUUGGGCAAGGAAGAAAACUGGUGCCCCUACUAUUAGAUUGAACUCGAUAGCUGAGGCUGAACAAUUCCUCAAGAAGCACCCAAUGUUUAUCAUUGGGUUGUUUGAGAAAUUUGAGGGUCCUGACUAUGAAGAAUUUGUGAAAGCAGCAAGUGAGGGAAAUGAAAUCCAGUUUGUGGAAACUUGCAAUGCUGAGGUUGCCAAAGCUCUUUUCCCAGAUAUUGCUACUAGAAAUCUUUUCCUUGGUCUUGUCAAAAGUGAGCCUGAGAAAUAUGCCCAAUUUGAUGACACCUUCAAAAAGGAGAGAAUAUUGGAGUUUCUGGAAUAUAACAAGUUUCCGCUGGUUACAAUGCUGUCUGAACUUAAUUCUGUUAGAGUCUUUUCCAGUCCUGUCAAACUCCAGGUUUUCAUCUUUGCAAGUACUGAUGAGUUGAAGAAUCACAAGGACCUUCUUCAAGAUGUCGCGAGAAAGUUCAAAUCAAAGAUAAUGUUUUUAUUUGUAGACAUUGCAGAGGAAAACCUCGCAAAGCCCUUUUUGUCAUUAUUUGGGCUUGAAGAAUCACAAGAGACAAUUGUUACUGCUUUUGAUAACAAAAUUUCCUCAAAGUACUUGUUGGAGUCAGAUCUAACAAUGAGCAGUUUAGAGGAAUUCUGCUCAAGGCUUCUACAGGGUACUCAGCCACCUUACUUUAAAUCAGAGGCCAUACCAGAUAAUAAGGGCAAAACUAUCCAGACUGUAGUGGGAAGGACAUUUGAUGACAUUGUUUUGAGAAGUCCCCAGAAUAUUUUUCUAGAGGUUCAUACACCUUGGUGCAUUGACUGUGAGAAAACAAGCAAACAAAUAGAAAAGCUGGCUAAGCACUUCAAAGGGUUGAAUAGUCUAAUUUUUGCCAGAAUAGAUGCUUCCACAAAUGAACAUCCAAAGCUACAGAUAACUGGCUACCCAGCACUGUUGUUUUACCCCUCUACUGAUAAAUCAAAUCCGAUCAAACUUCCUGCCAAGUCAAGCUUGAAGGACUUGGCUGCAUUCAUCAACAAUAAUGUAAAGGAUGCAGGGGAGGAUGGAAAACCAACUCAGGAUCAACCGGGGAAAGAUGAACUAUGAUACAGAAGCAGGUUCCAGUGACAACACUGAUAUUUCAAACCCUGGAAAAUUUUCAACUUCCAUAGAGUUUGGUCAGAGGAACUUAGAGAAUUUUAUAGUGUUAUUUAAUCCAUACAGUUUGCACAAAUAAUCUGUAUACUUCCAGUGAGACAGGUUAUAAUUUCAUACGGUUUUUUUAUAGGGUAA